AUGUUUCGCCUGAUCCGAGUUGUAGUGGUGCUCUUGGCUUCCACCAGCAUCUCUUUCGCCGCGAAGACGUCAAACCAGCUCAUCUCACUUCAUGAAGAGAACUGGACUGAGAUAAUGAAAGGAGAGUGGAUGGUAGAAUUUCAUGCUCCAUGGUGUCCAGCUUGUAAAGAUCUUCAGAAAGCUUGGAACGCCUUUGCGGAUUGGUCAAAAGACCUCAAUAUCAAGGUUGGUGAAGUGGAUGUAACUGUCAAUCCCGGUCUUUCUGGUCGUUUCCUAGUCACUGCCCUACCAACAAUUUACCAUGUCAAAGACGGUGUGUUCCGCGUUUACACUGGUCCAAGAGACAAGAAUGACUUCAUUACUUUUAUCGAAGAUAAGAGAUGGCGCAACAUAGAUCCUGUUCCCGACUACAAGCACCCCAACAGCAAACAGAUGGCUGUAGUGGCUGUGUUCUUCAAACUGUCCAUGGCUGUGCGUGAUCUUCACAAUCACCUUGUCGAAGAAAAAGGAGUACCUUCAUGGGCUUCCUACUCACUGUUUGCCGGGGUUACUCUUGCCCUUGGAUGUAUCCUAGGAUUUUUCAUUGUCCUCAUCAUUGACCAAGUUUUCCCUACUGGAUCCAAAAAAGCCGCUGUUUCCUCGAAGAAAGAUGUCAAAAAAGACUCGAAUGGAUCAGUUAAGAAAUCGGAAGAAACAAAAAAGAAGGAUGGCAGCAACUCACCGAAGUCCUCAACAGAGACGAAGAAGUCUAAAUAA